AAUUCAGUGUAACUUUUACAUUGCUAGCAAACGGUCGUUUCGAGUUUUAUAAGUUAAAUAAGUUGAAGUAAAAUGAAAAGGAAAUUUCUUCCACGAAAAAAUUCAGCCACUACGGCAACGGCUCGCAAAAUCCCCGAAGAGUCUCUAUCAAUCACUGACCAGCCGGGGGCAACAUCAACGCCAACUCAUAUGACACGCAAACGGCCAAGGCUUUUAUCUCUCCAGUUGGAUUCUGCAUUGUCAUUGUCAUUGGUGGAUCGAGUUCCGCAAUCAUUCGGGGAUAUUCGAGGACGAAAGGGUAUUCGUGCUACCAGUCCGCGAAAAACUAAUCUCCCAAGAACUAGAGCCCGGUAUAUACAGAAUACAACAGAGCGUGUUCCCCCAAGUAUAAAUCAUGGUAGGAAUUCUGCUAAGCCACAGAUGAGCUGGGGUCAUAUGAAGACUACAGAAAAAACUUCGGCGAAGAUUUUCGAAGAGUCCACAGACACUCAAAACUAUACACCCAAAAAGAAUGCCAAAAUUACGCCAAAAAUGACGCAAAAAACGAGGAUGAUGCAAAAUGUUCCAGCUAUAAAAUCACCAAUGAAAUCAACAACGUCCUCAUCAAUAAUAAAGCCGAAAACUUCAGCAGAGUCCAAAUUGAAAUCUUCAACGAAAUUAUCAAUGAUGUCAACGAAUUCGCCAAAUCACUCGAUUAAGUCAAAAAAAAAUACUCCUGAUGCCCAUUUCUUUGGAGAAGUAACCAAAAAGCAAAAUGCCACUGAAGAAGAUAUUUCGGAACCGCCUUCAAAACAGCCUCGUCUACAUAUUUUGCAAGUCAAUUUGGGGUCCCCAUUCGCCAUGACGCACAGCAAGAAACUUAAAGUAAUUGCAGUUGAUUUCAAUGAUGAAAAUCAGGAAGCAAAAGAAGCACCUACCAUUUAAGCCAAAUCAACACAAGUAAGGAAAUCACCGAUUCUUAAAAAGUUGGGAUAGCAAAAUCGGAAGGUUAACGAAGCUUUAGUAAAAACAAAUAUGAUUUGAAGCGAAACAAAUUUUCUUUAAGGAAAUGAAUAUCAAUAGUACACGAUCGUUGUUCCUGGAUGUUUUUAAAUAAAGAUUAUUAUGGAUGUA